AUGCCAGGGGCAGCAUUCUUGCUGGUUCUGUUGCUGGUGCUGGGACCUGGGUGUGGGGGACCAGUAAAGGACCCCCAGCCGGGCCUUUCGGACCAGGACCUCUUCUGGGGAACUGACCAGUACGACUUUGCCAUCGUGCUGGGUGCCUCUGGUCUGGAGUGCUUCUGGCACAUGGCGCACCAGGGAGAGCAGUUCUACUUCAACUACAUGGUCCAGUGGGUGACGGGGGUGGCCAACGACAGACACCUGGCAGUGACGGUCAACUCCCCAAAGGGCUACCUGGUCAGCGAGGCUGAUGACGCCACAGGCGAGAUCAAAUUUGAGGCCAAAGAGACCGGAUUUUAUCAGAUGUGCCUUAGCAACUUCCACAACCGCUUUGGCCACAUGCAGGUGUUCUUGAACUUUGGCGUGUACUAUGAGGGUUCAGAAGACAUGAAGAAACAGAAGGAGGAAGAUGACAAGAAGAAAGAGGAGGACAGGAAAGACUUAAACAACACCAUUACCACCAUUGAGGACAGUUCAGUCAGGCUGCAGAGUUACGUGUUCCACAUGUGGCGUCACUACAACUUCGCCCGCAUGCGUCGGGGGACAGACUACUACCUACUCUUGUCCAACUCCACCUACGUGGGUUACUGGUCCGCAGCACAGAGUGUGGUCAUCCUCCUGUCUGGAUACUUGCAGCUGUUUUUCCUCAAGAGGCUCUUCAAAACCAAAACCACAACAGAGACGGACAAACCUCGCUGCUGAGGCAGAGAGAAUAUGAGAGAAUGUUUGUGUUCAGUCAAGGUGUAGGCC